AUGGGCAAUGAGCAAAAGGAGAAUAGCAAUAAGUAUAGUAUAAUCAUCCCCACCUACAAUGAGCGCCUCAACAUUGUUCUCCUUAUGAUUAGCCGUGAGCAUAUUCAGCUCUAUAGUUGUGAGUGGGUGUGGGAACCAUUAGGUGUAAGAAGGAAUGUCAAUUUUGAGAUUAUUGUUGUGGAUGAUGGAAGUCCAGAUGGGACUCAAAAUUUUGUUAAACAACUGCAAUCUGUCUAUGGAAAGGAUCACAUUCGAAAAUAUCUUCCAAACUUCAUCAGGAAGCAGAUGGAGACAGGUGCAGAUAUAGUUACUGGAACACGAUAUGUCAAAGGAGGUGGUGUGCAUGGUUGGAAUCUCAUGCGCAAAUUGACAAGCAGGGGAGCAAAUGUCCUUGCGCAGACACUCCUUUGGCCUGGUGUAUUAGACCUAACUGGAUCUUUCCGGCUUUAUAGGAAAUCCGUGCUUCAAGAUGUUAUAAGCUCAUGCGUGAGUAAAGGAUAUGUUUUUCAGAUGGAGAUGAUUGUUCGUGCUACACGAAAAGGUUACAACAUUGCUGAGGUUCCAAUUACUUUUGUCGAUAGAGUGUAUGGGAGUUCAAAGCUUGGAGGAUCUGAAAUAGUUGAGUAUUUGAAAGGUCUUGUAUACCUUCUCCUCACAACUUAA